AUGUUGUAGGCAUGGUGGGAGUGUGGGUGCUGUACUCGUCGGUGUUCGGACUCUACUCGUUGAUGGAGGUGCUGGGACUGAUGCCGCAGGAGGUACGGAGUGCUGGCAUCACUCUCCCCGCCAUCUUCUCCCCGCUCUACGGAGACCAGAACAUUGAUUUUGUGGGGUACCACGUGAAGAGGACAACAGUCACCGUUCUACUCCACCUAUUGCUACCUGUGGUCUAUUGUUUGGGGCUGGGGAUAGUGGAACCUGAGUGGAACAUGUUCAAUCCUUGGACCAUUUCCAUGCCCCUCGCCCUACUCUGGUGUGCUUCAUUUGGAGCUGCUCUCGUCGGCAUCACCACGGCAACGAGGUGGUACGCAGACAGCUGGAAAAGUCAUCCACUGAUGAAGACCCUUGCCAGAACUGGUCAGCCUCCCAGGAUUGCUGCAUCGUCUGUGAAUCUGGAGUUUCGAGAUAUUGACAAGUUUGUGGCGUCGCUGGGAGGGAGUGUCGUCAUAGUGACGGACUCUUGGAUUCUCCAGACCAACGUACACGGUGUCGAUAUUGUUCAUCAGAGAGACGCCGUCCUCCAUGUGUCAUCAUCGGAGGAGCACUCCCUGACGACCGAAGGCACCUCAGCUCAAUACCUCAACAUAUCCGUGAGAACUCAUAUCCACGUUGGUGGCUGAUGGUAGAUAAUAGUUGUGUGCUCUCUUCCACAGGUGCAGAGCAUCAACACUGAAAUCUACAAAUCAUUUUCAAUAAGACUGAACUCUCUGCAGUACACCCAGCUGACAGAGAGACUGAUGUCGCCCAUCAGGGUCGCUCGCUCCGUCCUCAUUCACCAGUCCAUCGCUGACAGGUUCUCUGUCGCAUUCCGAGACCAGGUGGCACGGAACGGGGCCUAUACCCAGCCUCCCGGAUCACCUGCCAUGGAGCCCUGUGUUGGCUGUCUGCAGGCAAGACCUGAAGUCAAACUGAGCAAGCAGUGCGAGAAUGACCAGUGCAGACAGUGUUUCUGCCGCCCGAUGUGGUGCAUGUCCUGCAUGAGCAAGUGGUACUCGGCUCGUCAGGAUCAGUACCACCUGGAGACCUGGAUGUCUGGAACGGCGCCCUGCCCCAUGUGCAGAGCCACGUUCUGCAUGCUGGACGAUUCUCUCAGUGUCCGACUCGCAGCAAAACAACACUUAACAAAAAACAAUUUAUCCCUCUCUCUCUUCUACUACUCACGACUUUCUAGCUUUCUUCCAAUUCUGAAGAACGUAUUAAUAGCUAAAAUUUGACCAUCUCAACUCCACUAUCUAUGUAUGUGUGAAUAUGAUGAAUUGUAAUUUUUGUCGUAAAGUGCAGUCAGCAGCACAUCAACAAUU